CAAAACGCCAGUACCGGCAAAACAAAAGAGAAGAAGAGUAAAGACGCUGCCUGCCUCGAAGGACCUGAAAGAGUUUCGGGCGAUGUUGUCACUCUUUGCCCGAUCUGCUCUUACAACAUACAGGGGAUUCGGACCCUGCAGCCAAACAAUUGUUCGGGCCAUGUCGUCGUCCGGGGGUCCGACUGCCCCUUACACCACCCUGGCCAUCAGCCACCCAGCACAGACGAUCACGCAUGUGGAGCUCCACCGUCCCAGCAAGCGCAACGCCAUGAACAAAGCUUUCUGGAGUGAGAUGGUGGAUUGUUUUAACGAGAUCUCAGGUGACCCCGAUUGCAGAGUGGUGGUGGUCUCUGCUGCAGGGAAGGUCUUCACAGCAGGUAUUGACCUGAUUGACAUGGCCGGUGACUUGCUGCAGCCCGACGGCGACGACACGGCCCGGAUUUCUUGGAACCUUAGAAAGAACAUCACCAAAUACCAGAACACCUUCUCAGUCAUCGAGAGGUGUCCAAAGCCUGUUGUGGUGGCGGUCCAUGGAGCCUGUGUGGGAGGAGGUGUGGACCUGAUCACCGCCUGUGACAUUCGCCUGUGCACCCAGGAUGCCUGGUUCCAAGUCAAGGAAGUGGACAUUGGGCUGGCGGCAGAUGUUGGAACGCUGCAGAGGCUCCCGAAAGUCAUCGGUAGCCGCAGCCUGGUGAACGAUUUGGCUCUGACGGCAAGGAAGAUGUACGCCGACGAGGCCCUGAACAGCGGACUGGUCAGCCGAGUGUUUGCAGACAAGGAGGCCAUGAUGGCGAGCGCGCUAGAGAUGGCCGGGGAGAUGGCCGCCCGCAGCCCCGUGGCUGUGCAGGGCACCAAAGUCAACCUCAUCUACUCCCGUGACCACAGUGUGGCUGAGGGACUCGACUACAUGGCCACGUGGAACAUGAGCAUGCUUCAGACCGCAGACGUGAUGAAAUCCACUCAGGCCUCCAUGGAGAAGAAGAGUGUUAAGAGCAUCGAGUUCUCCAAACUGUGAAAAGAGAUUAGAACAUCCACUGAACCAGCUCGUUCGACCAGCGGUUCUCAAACUGGGGUCCGAGGUCUGACUUGAGGGGUGUCAAAAGAGCCAACGUCACUGCUCAUCUAAACCAAAAAAAAAAAAAAAAAAGUGAAUGUGUGAGCACUCAUUCAUGUGACCUGGUGUUCAUUUUUUCAAAUCAUAGUAUGUAAAUGUUGCAUAAAUAAGCUGGAAAGUGCACUUCUGACAGCCGCCAAAUUCAGUGGCCUGGCUUGACUAUCAAGUCAAUUUUUUAUUUUUGCUAUCAUUGUAAAAUAUGCAUGUACUUGAUUUGAAUGUCUAUAUUAAUCUAAUAAAUGCUGCUGAAAGUUCAAGGAG